AUUAGACAAAUAAAUUACAGUUUUAUAGUAUAUUUUUAGUGCACGUACUUUAAUUAUUCGCUUGGAAUUCUGUAUUAUUUCAUUUGACAGUUUGAUGUCUGCCGAAUAUUAAUGUUUUUUAAUUUCGAAGAUUGGUGUUGUACGAUAAUUUUUUAAUGUACUGUUGAAAAUUGUGUCAUGGAGACUGAAUUUUUAAAUUUUUAUGAUGAAGAACAAUUUUCUGACUUUCCAUUGUCUUCAGAACAGCAAACCUUUAGGGAAAGUCCUCAAGAUUUAUUAAUGCGUAUAGUUGAAAAUGAUUUCGAUUACAUGGAAACCCAUUUCGAUAUUGCAAAUUCUGAUAUUUUAUGGAACAGAGAACAUGAACACAAUGAGGAUGAGGAUGAAGUGUCAGUUUCAACAAUUGACAGUUUUAAAGAAGAUUUUGCAAAAGUUCUUACAGACUGGCAAGAACACAUUGGUUACUUGCAGGCUUCAGAUACGGAUGAAUACAUGGAUAUCAUAGGAUUAAGCAUGAAUGGUACAGAUAAAAGAAAUUUUUAUACUGCAGAAAGUAUAGUUCAAGAUGAACAAACAAUGCAUACUGUAGAAUCUAAUUUCCUUAUAAUGGAACAAGAAAAUAUAGGGAAAGAAUAUUCUCAUAGCAAUCAGAGUAUAUUAGAUGUAGAAAACACCAAUAAAGAGUAUACGACAGAAGAUAAUUCACAUCGUAAAAAUGAUAACUUUGUGGGAGGUGAUAGUAUGAAAAUGGAAAUAAAAAAAAAAUCACCAUUGAUGAAAACCAAACAUUCAAGAAACCAAAGUAAAUUGAAAAAAGACACAGUUACUAAUAUGAGUGAAAAGUUGAUAGUAAAGCCGAAAAAGAAAAAAAAAAAGAAAUAUGUACAGCAUAAUAAGGAUAUACAAAAUAAUAAUCAAGAUAAUAAUAAACAUACAAAUCUACCAGUUCUAGAAGCUGGAGAUGUUAAGAGUUUACUUGAGCAGUUUGAAGCUUCUGAAGAUGCUUUAGUUUCAACUUGUCCAUCUACCGAAAUGAAUGUAGAAUCUGAGCUGAAGUCAUCUGUAAAAUCUAAUGAAACUCAACAGUGCAUAGAACAGUCUCAAAUUUCAAAUUUGCAUAAAAAUAUUAGAGAUGGUCUACCCAAAGAAGUUGUUGAAAAGAUAAAGACAUCUGCACGUAAAAAGGUGAUUUCAAUAAUACCAGCAAUGCCUAGUAAUCAAAAUAAUGGUGGUAGUAAUGGAACACAUAUGCAAGAUGCUGCUACAUCACUCUUUCGAAACAAACUUUUAAAAACAGUCACAAACAAUACUAAAAAUAAGAUCAUUGAUAGUGGACUGGUUCAACUGGAUCAUGAUUAUUGUAGUAUUAAUUCCUCCAUUAGUGGUUUAAAGAGUAAUAGUGAGUAUGAAAGACUAGUUGAUUCUGAGAAAGUGACUUUUAUUAAGAAUGACAAUGUACGUUUAUUAUGUUAUUAUACAGCGUGUGAAGAACAAUCUUCAUCUCCGUCAAAUUUAAAUAAGAGUUUUAUGAAAAAGGAAGAUUAUUUAACUGAUAGUAAUUCAAAAAAAGAGAGUGAUCUGGAAUCUGGUGAUGUUAAUGAGAACAAUGAAAAACAACCAGAAAUUACAAUAGUUAGUGAUAUUCAAAAUAAUAAAUCUAUGAUGCAACUACAAAAUGAAACAAAGAUUUGCAGAAAAGAAGUAGCAACAAGCGAGGAAAAUUGUCAACGUAGUAAUAUUUCAAACGAUAUUUCCAACUGUACUUCUACAAGUAAUUUAAAGUCACAGAUGAAAAUACAUUCAGCUCUAGCAGCUAAUAUUUUGCGAAUACGACAAGGUAUUGUGAAUAAACAAGAUUCGAAAUCUAUAAAAGUAGGAACUCAAAGAAUAAAACAAAUGGUUUCUGUAUUAAAAAAACCUCCUAAUGUACAAGCAUCCGUCGUGAAGACUAUUCUUGAUGAAAAUAUAGUAGCUACUACUAGUAAUGGUUCACAUGAUGAAGUAAAGAAUACUACUGUUCAAGAGAGUGAAAAAGCAUCUACACAGGAGGAAGAAAAAAAGCCUCCCCGAAAGAAAUUAAAUUUGGCAGAAUAUAGAAGUCGAAUGGAACAAAAUCGUAGUGAUAAUAGUAGAACAAAUUCACCAUUGCAACCUAUGACACUAGUAUAUGUUCAUCAUGCUUUCACUACAACUGAACCUAUCCAGGACGAUCCUAAAAAUUUGAUUUGGUCAGAGAGAGAAAUUGUCUCAGUUUUAAAACCAAAACUAGAUACAGAUGAAAAGAAAGUUCCAAAGCCAGUUACUUGUGAUAUAGCAAUUCAAACGUAUGAAACAGUAUUUGAAUUUCCUACAAAAUCUUUAAUUGAUGUUGAUGAGAGAUUCAAGCAACAAAGAGAUAAUAAUGCACGAGAUAAAAAUCAACAGUCUUGUAGAAAGCACGGAAUUGGUUCCAAUUCAAACCGAUCUAAAUCAAGAAGUAAAAGUAAAAGCAAGAGUAGAAGCAGAAGCAGAAGCAGAAGUAGAAACAGAAGCAGAAGCAGAAGCAAAAGCAGAAGCAAAAGCAGAAGCAGAAGCAGAAGCAGAAGCAGUAGUAACCGCAGUAGAUCUCGUAAACGCAAUAAUACACGUCAGCGAAGAAUAAGUCAUCGACGUAGCUCCGUUAGCUCAAGUAGUAGUUGGUCAUCACGUUCGCAUUCGCAUUCGCGUUCACGUUCACGUUCACGUUUCCGUUCCUGUUCCCGUUCGCAUUCGCGAUCACAUUUUCGUUAUCGCUCACGUUCAAGAACAAGAUCUUCUUUCAGUUCGGAAUCAAGAUAUUCACGAUCGCGUUCCAGAUCGUCUAGAUCAAGAUCACCAUCAUCUUCUCGUUAUUCCAGUUGUUCCAGGUCUUCGUCUCGUUCAAAUUUCGGAAGAAAUAAAUGGUCGAAAAGAAGAAAAUCAAAUAGAAGACAUUAUACAAGUUAUGAUAGGCACAAACAGCAUUCUACGACAAGGUAUCAUAGCUACAGAGACUGGAAAAGGUCACCAUCAACUUCAUACCGACGAUCCUAUGACAAUUGGUAUGAUCGAGAAAAACAAAAACAAGUAGAGGAGCGGAGAGUAAUUUAUGUUGGACGCUUGGACGAAGGAAUCACUAAAGCUGAUUUACGUAGAAGAUUUGAAACCUUUGGCCCUGUAGUAGAUAUUAGUAUACAUUUUCGCGAACACGGCGACAAUUAUGGUUUUGUAACCUUUGCUUACAAAAAUGACGCCUAUGAAGCUGUAGAACAUGGUAAUGACGACCCCGCUUUACCUAGGUACGAUUUAUGUUUUGGAGGUCGUCGUGCUUUUUGCAAAGUGAAAUAUGCCGAUCUUGAUGGUAUGGCAAGCAGUUCAUUUAACAAUGGAUACAUGUUGCAAGGUGGCGAAGAUAACACAUUUGAUCUUUUAUUAAAAGAAGCGAAAGCAAAAUUACGCAAGAGGAAUGUUUGACAUAGGUACUAUUUGUUAGUUAUAAAUAUAAUUUAAAAAAUUAGCGCAGAAAUGUCGUCAUUGAUGAUAUUUAAAGCAAAAACAAGUGGAGAAAUCUAUACUGAUAUUUUCCACUAACAGAAAUUUAGUAAAAAUUAUAUAAUUGUUAUAGAAUAUAAACUGUUACAAUAUGACAUUUGUAAUAGAAGUAACAGUUAACAAGUAUAUCUUUUUGAACUAAUAUUAUAAUUGAAAAUAUCAGUACCAUAUAUAUGUGUAAAAUAUUUCUUUAAUCUAUUUUGAUAUUUUCAGUAAUAAUGAAAGUAUUAAAUCUUUUCUAUAUGCUUAAUUAAAACUAUGUGACUUCUAUAAAUUUAUUUUACUCGUGCUUUUUAUAAAUAAUUUAUUAAAACUAAUACAAAAAUUAUUAAUUACAAGAUCUCCAGUAUAGGAGCAUUUAAGUUAAACAACAACAAUAAUUGUAAUUUAAGUAAUUUUAACCAUUAGUUUAAAGUUAUUUUUUACAUAAAAAAAAAAAACAUACAUUCAUUGUCUUCAAAAAUGAAUUACGGAAAUGUAAGAAUAUUCUUAUUAUACCAACUAUACAAACUAUUUGUAUGUUUGCAUAGAAAAAUGUAGUUACAAAAAAUAACCAAGUCUGAUAAUAUUUACUCUACUUUUUAAUAGCUAUAAUUUUUUGGAAUGAUUAAGAUGCGUUCAAUGUUAUAUUUGUAAUAUGGAAUAUGUGGAUAUUUAAAUUUGUUUUGCACCUUUUCUUACCUACGAUGUAACAUUUCCGUAUAUUUUCGAAUUAUUAAAUGUAUUAUCACUUUUUACCUUUAAAUGUUAUAAAUUUGCAAUAAACUUUUAUUGUAUGAAAAGUUUUUAUUUUCAAGUACAAAGUAAUAGAAAAUUCGAAAAAUAACAUUAUUUUGUCGCCUAUGACAUUAUUAUUUUUGAAAACAUUUCUUUCUUUGAUAAUUUUUCACUGCUACAAUAUAAAAUUUUUAAUAAUAUAAUGUAAAUCCUGAAUACAAUUUACACGUUAAUUGCAAAUGGAUAUUUAACACGUUUUGAAGGUAAGAAAUUAACAUACGAAUUUUCAAGCAGAUAUACUUGAUUUUAAAUGCAAAAUGAAAAUUUCAAGGAGUAAAUAUUGUGUUUCAUAAAUGUAACAAUUGUACUAAAAACCAGUUCUUGUUUAAAUAUGUGACAGCGAAUUGAAAAUUCAUAGAAAUAAAAUUGAAUGUUUAUAGUUCCUAUUUUGUGAAGAAAUAUGAAAAUAUUUAUCUUCAGUUUUAAGAAAUAUAAUUUUGUUCAUAAUAAACUGUCGAUCUUUAUACAUUGCAGUAAUUUUUAUUUAAUGCAGGUAUACAUUACCUUGGUUAAACAUUGACGGUUUUUAAAUGGAAUCGUAGCGUUAGUUUACGAGAUAUUGAAUAACGAACGUAACAUUGAAAUGAUAAAUAUUUCCUAAACAUUUUUUAAUGCGAAUAAUUUAAUACUUUUCUAUGUGGAUCAGGAGUUGCAUUGAUAAAGACAUUAAAAAAUAUAAUUCCAUUUUUAAAAAAUUGUAAUUGAUCUCUACAUAUCUGUAAAAAAAGCUAAUGUUCUCUUCGAUACCACCCAAUUUUUGUUUGAAACAUUUUCUCGUACAUUAUACAGUGAUUGUCAAACAAUUUGAAAUUAUAGAGAUGUUUUGCACGAGAUGUUUCAUUCUAUUUAAACUAAUAACAUCUUAUCUACUCAAUAAUAGUUGUAUUAAAAACCAAUUCUUGUUUAAUUGUUAAUAACACGCUAUUUCUAUUUUAUUGUGAAAUGUAUAAAUAUUGUAAAUAAUAGCAAUAUAAUCGUAUAUAAUUGAUUUGAAUCGAUCAUAAUAUUUUUUGCAUUUUUCAUAAAGAUGUGCGAGUACUCGAAAAUAAGAAUACAAAAAUUUUCUUCGGAUAGUCAUAAUUUCAAGAUCAAUCAAAGCAAUUUUUUAGUUUGGGAGCAUUUUCAUAUGUUGUUUGCGUAAUCAGAUGUAAGAACCUCUAUUAAUAAAAGGAAACAUUACAAUAUACCAAAAUUGUUUCAUUUUAAAUUAAAAUGAAGGAAACAUAAAUUUAUGAAUGACGAAGUUCCAUUAACUUUUUUGGGAAAAACGUGUGGAAAAAUUAUGAGAAAAACUGCAGUAGUCAAAAAUCAAAAGAAAGCCGUAUAUUAAUUCAAACAGAAGAAUAUAUUUUACAUGAAAAUUUAACAUUUACGACAGUGAUAAAGAAGUAGGGAUUUGGUUACUUCGUCUGUGGUAGAAGAACAAAUAUGCCAGAAACAGAAAAGAAAUUAAAAGAAGGAGACGAAAGGAAAAUGAAUGCAAAGACAAUUCUACGAGAGAGGGGGGAGAGAGAGAGAAUAUACAGAAUGGUGGGAAGGGAGUGCGAGAUAAAAAAAAAGGAUAAGAAAUAUCUGUGAAAAGUGGAAACAAAGAAAGAUGACCAGAGAAGAGUAUUUGGAAAGAGAGAACUGAAAAAUUUUCAUCGAUUUUAUCCAAGUUUCCAUAGCAUAUAACAGUUCUUGUAGUUGUUGUAAUUAUUACAUACUAAAAUAUAGAGAAAGUUGCCAAAAUACAACAAAAUAACGAAAUAUCAAUGUGAAUUAUUAUGUGAAAAAAUUGAAUUGAAACGUUUGGUAUUUUAGUUGUUUAAUUUUACACAAUGACCGAAUUGUUUUUCACAAAGUGAGAAUUAGAUAAUCUUCCAUUUCUCUUUAUUAUUUAAACCAUCAUAUGUAAGAAAUACAAAAUUUUUACAUUUUUGUAAUCUAGAAAUUAUACUCUAGCAUAGCAUGAUACAUCCUUUUUUUAUCAA